CACUGAACCUGUAAUGAACUUUAUAAAUCUCCAAUUCGUCAUACAGAACAACCAAACUCAACCAAAACCCUACGCAGCCAAAACAUUCUUAGCAAGAGCGUCUUUUGCUGAACCACUGAGCUUUAUAUUUAAGUAGCCAAUGUACGUCAGUGACGACCUGAUGCAGCUUGUCAUCCGUAUACCUCUGAAAUCCUGAAGGAUGAAGCUCAUACUACAGCUGUGAUUGAUUGCCGUUGUCACACCUCCAGAGCUCCACACCCCGACGGUUGUGUUUCAUGCAGCAAGAAAUCGCAUCAGUGGAAACAAUGGCAAUUCUCUGAAAUAAAACUACAACGGCAGCCGCUAUAACAUCUUGUCCUUCACCUGUUUUGGAUUUUCACAACAAAUACACGGACUUCAGAGGAUAAGAGGUAUUCUGGUCUUUUUUUGGACAAUGGAGGUGUCAGCGGAAGGCAUGCAGAGAUGUGUGAUGAAUUCUUGGAAUUUGCAUUCCCGUUUAUAUCUGCACUAUCCUUAGCAAAGAACAGCCCGGUGUAACCAUGGCAACAGCAGCAUCCUCUGAGUAAUGUUUUACAGGAGAGUUUUUCAUUUAUUAGGGAGCUCACAGGACCAUGGCAAAGAUUUAGCUAUGACUUUCCAGCCUUGGAUGGAUAAUACCUGGUAACAGCUACCAUGUUUACAUGUAAUGGCAGCUCAUUGGAGGGGUGUGACCUUCUUGAACCAAUAGAAACUGAGAUGCAAGAGUCUGAUACUGCCCUUAUGCCCACCACUCUCAGGGUGGCACUGGCUGCCAUCAUGAUCUUCAUGAUCACCAUUGGUUUUCUCGGCAAUGCCAUUGUGUGUCUGAUAGUGUAUCAGAAACCAGCCAUGCGUUCAGCGAUUAAUCUGCUCUUGGCCACACUGGCUUUUUCAGACAUCAUGCUGUCGCUGCUAUGCAUGCCAUUCACUGCCGUCACUCUCGCAACUACGGACUGGAGCUUCGGAGUGGGAUUCUGCCGCAUUUCCAUCAUGCUCUACUGGCUGUUUGUUCUAGAAGGUGUGUCUAUACUUCUGAUCAUCAGCGUCGAUCGGUUCCUCAUUAUAGUUCAGCGGCAGGACAAGCUGACACCCCAUCGGGCGAAAAUUCUUAUUGCCGCGUCAUGGGCUCUGUCGCUUUGCGUGUCCCUACCGUCUGUGGUCGGCUGGAGGACGGCAGGGAUUGGGGCGCAAGUACCCCAAUGCAUUCUGGGAUACAGCGAAUCGCUGGCGGACCGGGGUUACACAGUUCUGCUUGCUGUCACUGUGUUUUUUGUGCCAUUCGGUGUGAUGUUGUAUUCCUAUCUGUGCAUUCUCAACACGGUUCGACGCAACGCACUGCGCAUCCACAAUCACACCAGCGAAGGCAGUGUUGCUAUUAACCAUGUCAGCAAGUUGGGUUUGACCGGUCUGCAGCGACCCCAAGUCAACGUGGACAUGAGUUUUAAAACCAGGGCCUUCACCACUAUCCUCAUCUUGUUCAUUGGCUUCUCCGUGUGUUGGCUGCCACAUACGGUGGUGAGUCUGCUGGCGGUGUUCAGUAGACGCUUCUACCUCAGCCCGGCCUUUUACCCCAUCAGCAUCGGGGCACUGUGGUUGAGUUACCUCAAGGCAGUCUUCAACCCGGUGAUAUACUGCUGGAGAAUCCGCAAGUUUCGUGAAGCCUGCCUGGAGUUCAUGCCCAAGACCUGUCAUCUCUGUCCCAAGAUUCCCAGGCGAAGUCGCAGGCGUAUAAGACCCAGCAACAUCUAUGUGUGCAGCAGUGAGACCCAGUCUUCUGUCUAGGAUUUGCACCAAAGUAUGAAACAUUUGAAGUCAUGGUUUCAGAGAACACCUAUGAAUUGAAAACUUGACAAAUAACUCCUCCGAUAAUAAUCUGCAGUGAUGAAGGAAACAGCAUCUGCUGUCUGAAAUUCAUCAAAGCAAUAUUCAUAUAUGUUCCUGAAUGUGGUAAUUUCUUUAUUUUUCUGUCGGAAGGAUUUUACAAGUUCUGCAGUUUUGUAAAACAUGAAAAAUUGCCAAAUAAAGUCAUUAAACUGGUGAUUUAUUGGACAUUUUUGAUUAAAUUGCAUUCAUAUUUUAUGCAUUUGACUGACAUUUUUAACCAAAGCAACUUACAGUGCAUUCAAGCUGAACAUUUUAUCUGUCUGUGCAAACCACUGAGUGACAAACCCUUGACCUUUUUCAUAUCAAUUUCAAAUACAUGGUAUACAUUCAAGCUGUGCUUGUUAGUAAUGUUAACCAUCUUGAGUUUGCCUUGAACACCAAUCCCAAAGUGAUACUGCACGACUGUAGGUUUUAACUGAAUGAUGUUUGUCCAUUUUUUUCCCUUUUUAAAAAAAAAUAAA